GGAGGCAGGGAUCUGUAGGGGAAAGUUCAUGUAAGAGAUCCGUGAAGGGCAAAGCGGCUUGUUUUUCUUUCACUUUCCCUUGUCAACCCAACUAGUCUUCUUGCGCCGGUCUCUCUCUUCUCUUAGAUUAAAAUUAUAUUUAACAAAAAAUAUUACUACUAUUCAACCAAAAAAACAAAGGGACAAAAACGCGGCUGCUGUAUUCGCCAAAAAUCAGAGAGAGAGAGAGGGGUGGAGGGAGCGAGGGGGAGAGGUAGGGACGGGGAAACUCUGUUCAUCAAUCGCAGCUCUAAAACAACGGGGCUGACGCCGAAGUAAGGUUCCAGAUUCAGAGCGUUUGAGGUUUUCUUGAACAAGAGGGGAGUUUUCAUCGAUUUUAGUUAUACAAAAUUGCGUUUGUGAUUUCUACGCAAUCGUUUUGAUUGCCAGUAAUCUAGGGCACGAACAGCGGUAGUUUUUAGACCCCACGAAUUUGGUCGAAUAGAAACCGGGAUUUUGACGGUGGGAAGUUGUCAACUUUUAUUAUAUUCUGGUGUUUGUUUGGAUGAUUUCUGUGGGAAGUAGUGAUGCGAGGAAGGGGUUAGGGUUAAGCCUUGGUGGUGCUGGUGGUGGUAGGGCAGAUAUGGAAGAGUCCGAGCUUGAGGAAGGCGAGGCAUGCUCCUAUCAAAACAACGAAGAUUUUGAUGCCAGCAUCGAUCCUGACGUUGCCCUCUCUUACAUUGAUGAAAAAAUUCAAGUUGUCCUGGGACACUUCCAAAAAGAUUUUGAAGGUGGAGUUUCAGCAGCGAAUCUAGGGGCUAAAUUUGGUGGUUAUGGCUCAUUCUUACCUGCCUAUCAGCGCUCUCCUGCUUGGUCUCAUCCAAGGACUCCACCAAAAGUUCAUGGUCAAACUAUGCCAAAAUCUCCCAACAAUUUGCGAUUAGAGGGUGGGCAAGGAGAUUCUGUCGAUUAUUCAAUGGCAACCCUGUCAUUGAGACCUGGGCCAAAUUCUGUUAAUUCUUCUAGGCCACUUGCUGCUAAGGCACUCUCCACUGAUGGAGGAAUCAACCAAGAAAAAUGCAUGACGUCUACUUGUGCUGAGGCAUUCACUUCUAAUUACGAAUCUGCAAAUAGAAAAUCUUUGAGCAUAUCAGACCAGAAGACACUGAAGGUUCGAAUUAAAAUGGGCACUGAUAGUUUGUCGACCCGGAAAAAUGCUGCAAUCUAUAGUGGACUUGGUCUUGAUGUGUCACCAUCAUCAUUGGAUGAUAGCUCCUCAGAAAGUGAAGAAAUUUCUCGUGGGCCCCAUGAUGUUCCAUUUGAAUCCCCAGCUAGUAUUCUUCAGAUUAUGUCAUCUCUUCCUAUGCCAUUGUCUCCUCUGUCUGAUGAUCUUCUUCAAUUGGCUGGAGAAGAAACAUGUGCCAAAGAUAGCAUACCUGUUCCUAUCUAUAUGGAUGGCCCAGAAAGUUCAUUCAAGUUGCAACUUGAUUCUAAUACCAUAAAGGGUGACAGCAAAAAAAUAGGGGGGAAGAAAAUGAAAUAUGUGGAUGGAUAUGGGUCCUUGAUAGAAGUUAAGGGUGGCACUCAUGAAAGUGCAAGAAAUGAUGUUGGAAUUUUAUCAACGAAGGAGCAAGUUAUUGAUUCAUUGACUGCUGAGGAGCUGGUUUCAGAAACCCUGAAGCUUCCACUUUUAUCCAGUUCAUAUUCUUCCAGUGAUGAGUCAUUAAAAGAUGUGGGUGGGCCUUUUGAUACAUUGAAGGAAUCCAACAAGGAUAUGGUGCUGGAGAAAGCCUUUUGUACUGAACAAGUGCAAAUGGAACGAGUGGAUCCAACAUCUGUUGAAGUGAAUGGUUUUGUAUCAAAGAUGAAGGGUGGUUCCGGAAGGAAAGUUGCAGGAGAUAAAGUUGGUAAAUUUCUUGAUAACGCACCACUUCAUACAGUGAAAGACAAUUUUCAUGGAGAUGAAAUACCUCACUCAAUAACAGCUGAAUCUAAUGUUGACAGAGGUAGAGCAGAUUUAAGCAUUGAACAUGUAGAGUUGCCAAAGAAAACUUUUCAAAAAGGUGAUUUGUGUGAACAUGAUAGCACAGCAUUACAUGUUACAGAACAUUCAUUUCCUGGGGGAAAGAAAAAAUUAAAGGGAAGUAAUCAGACUAUGGCUACAGAGAGCAAUAAAGAAGCCUCAAGGGCUGGUACUUUAAUGUCAAAGACUAAGAAUAGGAUUGACGAUAUUUUGAUGUCUAAAAAUGAGAUAGAAGAUGCCAGAUUACAGAAAGAUCAUGGGAAGGAUAAAGACACAUAUAGAGAUUUCUUUGGGGACUUGGAAGAUGAUGAGGACAGAAUGGAUUCACUGGAAACUCUUCAUGAAGAUAAGCUGAAGGACUCUGAAGUGGUUAAGAGGAGUACAGCCAUGAUUAAUUCUGCAGUAAGAGAGAGAUCAGGUGGUAAGAAAUUUGACAAGCCAUUAGUAUCUGAAGCAUAUCCUACAACAGCCACAAAUUUAGUCCGGUGCUCUGGAAACAUGCAUGCUACUGAGUCAACCAAUGGAGAUGGGGCUCCUGUAACUGUGCCUCCUGCUGUCAUAGAAGAAUUUUGGGUACAAUGUGAUAAGUGUCAGAAAUGGCGUAUUCUCCCUCCUGGCACAAAUCCUAAAAGCCUUCCUGAAAAGUGGCUGUGUAGUAUGCUUAACUGGCUGCCUGGCAUGAAUAGUUGUAGUGUUAGUCAAGAUGAAACUACAAAAGCUCACAUUGCGUUAUUCCAAGUUCCUCUGCCUGAAAGUCAAAGUAUCUCUGGAAGUGUUUUGAUGGGGGAAACUUCAUCAGCAGUCCUGUAUCCCAACCAAAACCAACUAAAUCAUGGUUUAAAUGCAAUGCCUGGUGGGAAGAAAAGAACUGUUAAAGAGAUAUCAAAUUUGGCGAGUAAAGAUGGCUCAUCUCAGUUGUCAUCUUCUAUAAAGAAAAACUCUCAGUCAUCAAUGAAAAGUAGAAGCAUAAGUGAUAUGAACAAAUCUCCUGCAAUUAGUGAACCUGAUGUCCGAGGGGAAAAGCACAAAACCAAGCAGAAGAAACCAGAGAGCUAUUCUGAUAGAGGUGAUACUAAGAAUUUGAAGGCGAAAAGCUGUAGGGAUGCUGAUCAAGAUUAUUUUAGACAAUCCAAAAAAGGCAAGACUGAUAACAUGCAUUUUACUGAUCAGCAGUGGAUUCCUGACCCAAGUGGGGCUACUAGGAAGUUCCAUCAUAGCUUGAGUAGCAGUUCUCCGACUACUGCAGCUGGCAAGGAACAGCCUAAGCAUAAAGAUCGCUCAUCAUUAGGAGACUCAAAAUAUGAUGGAAAGGACAGGUUGCAAGUUUCUGUCGAAAAAACAAGAGAUAAAGGCUGUCUUUCUUUAUAUGAGGAGUCUCUGGAUUUGAGGAAUCGUGAUACCAUUGAUAGUGUAAGGAAAAGGAAAUUGAAGGAGUAUCAGGAUUCAGGUCACCACCACCAACAGGAGAGCAAGAUUUCUGCACAGGAUGAGUUUUCCAGGAAAGAAAAGAAGGCAAGAUUAUCAAAGUCAGAGGGUAGAGAGUCAAGUAUUAGUAAAGGCAGUGGUAAGACUGACAAAAGAGCUAGUCAGACUAAACAUCAAAAAAUCAGGAAAGAUCCAGGGAAUACCUUGUCACAGCAGAGCUUGGACGGUGCGGACAGCAUGAAAAGGGACUUGAGAUCUGUGCAAGUUUCUGCUGCCGCCACUUCCAGCUCUUCUAAGGUUUCUGGCUCACAUAAAACGAAAGCCAGCUUUCAGGAAGUGAAAGGUUCACCAGUGGAAUCAGUUUCUUCUUCACCUUUGAGAAGUCGAAAUACAGAGAAGUUUACAAGUGGGGAACUUAUGGGGAAAUACAAUUCUCAUGAUGCUGGUGCCAUAGGUAGUCCAAUCAGAUGUUUAGAUGGUGAAGAUGAUGGUGGGAGUGAUCGAUCUGGGACAAUUAGGAAGGGCAAAGCUUUUAUUGUGGUCCAUCAUGGUUCCCGUGGACCUUCUAUGCUUGAUUUUCAGAAGGAUGUUAAUCAUGUGUUAGAUGGAAAAUCUAAAGUUCAGAUGUUGCCCUCUCCUCACAUCACAUCUAGUCACUUCACAAAUGGUGGAGUGGACACUGUAGACCAAUACAGGAAAUAUUCCAGCGGGGAUCAGAUAAAGGAUCAAUGCCAAGGUGAAGACAGAAAUGAUGUUUGUUGUACUAAUAAUAUGUCUAAUCCAAGGAAAACUGGUCAAGGGUUUUCAUCACGUUUGAAGGACAACAGCAUGAGCUGUAAAUCAGAAUCUACUGCUGAAAAGGUCAAGAAGACUAGUCUUUCUCAAAUGCAAGAUCAACCUCCCUCAUCUGAGGCAAAACAUGGGGAUGGCAAAGUUAAGCUGCAGGAUAAGCUUGGACUCAAAUCUGACAGAAGUGAGAAUAUAAUUGCUGGCAAGAAAGAUUGUGCCAGAAAUGAUAGCAGGCAAAAAGACAAUCAGUUAAAUAGAGGCCAUGCUGUUGAAGAUACUGCUCUAGAUGCCAUUUGUGAACCGGAACAGCUGUCUGCUUCUGGCCAGAAUCAUUUUCCAGAUUGUGCUGAAGAAAGGUUUUCCAGGAAGUCUCUUUCUGAAAGAAGUGAUCAAGAAGUUCUUGGUAAAGGGAAGUCUCUCCCGUUGCCACCCUCUGGAGGGGCUCAAACUGAGACAUUGUGUCAUGGCCCCCAGCCAGUUGGUGGUCCUCACCAAGGAAAUGGAGAUAUGGUGGUUGAUCCUUGGAAAGUUGAUAAUGCUUUGACACUGCAGAAAAAACAAGUCAGAAAGGCUGAUAAUCAAAAUGUAACUCAGCCAAUUAGUUCAAGACAUUCCAUGCUUAAUGGACACAGGUCCAAGGAGCUUGAUGCCCCAAGUCCAAUCAGAAGGGAAUCUUCCGGUCAUGCUGCUAACAAUGCUAUGAAAGAAGCUAAAGAUCUAAAGCAUUUGGCUGAUCGUCUUAAGAAUUCAGGAUCCUCUCUUGAGAGCACUGGUCUUUACUUUGAGGCAGCCCUCAAGUUUCUUCAAGGAGCCUCUCUAUUGGAAUCUGGGAACAAUGAUAAUGCUAAAUACAGUGAGAUGAAUCAAGCAAAGCAAAUAUAUAGUAGCACGGCAAAAUUGUGCGAGUUUUGUGCCCACGAAUUUGAAAAGUUGAAAGACAUGGCUGCUGCUGCUCUGGCUUACAAAUGCAUGGAGGUGGCAUAUAUGAGGGUAAUAUAUUCCUCCCACACUAGCGCAAGCAGAGAUCAACGUGAGUUGCAGGCAUCUUUGCAACCCGUUCCUCUUGGCGAGUCUCCCUCAUCAUCUGCUUCUGAUGUUGACAAUGCUAACAACUCUGCAGCAGCAGACAAGACAACCUUGUCAAAGGGUGUUAGUCCUCCCCAGGUUGUUGGAAACCAUGUUAUUGCUGCCCAAAAUCGCCCCAAAGUAAUGCGAUUGCUUAAAUUUGCUCAGGAUGUGAAUUUUGCCAUGGAAGCCUCAAGGAAAUCACGGAUUGCUUUUGCAGUUGCCAGUUCAAGUUCAUGUGAGGUCAAGCAUGCAGAGGGUACUUCCCCUAUCAAGAAAGCUCUUGAUUUUAACUUCCAAGAUGUGGAGGGUUUGCUACGCUUAGUUCGGCUUGCAAUGGAAGCUAUUAAUCGUUGAAAAGUCCAAUUAGUUUAAAGAUGGUCCUUGCUUGGGAAGAGCAUGUUUCAUGAUCCUGCAUAUAGGAUUCCCAGAGGUAAAGAUGACCUGGAUGGUGAUAUGAAGGGCUGUGUUUAUAAUGUUGAACACCAGCCACUCUUGCCAACUUUUAAAGCUAGUGUUGCCUUUGCUCGAUUGCCACAGUUGUUGAAUCAACGAAGUCAGGGCAUUCAAUUCAUUUUUUAUGCCUUUAAGAAUGACAGUUAUGGUUAACCUUGAGAUAUUGUGGAGAUGUUGGGAAACACAAGUCAGCAAAGCUGAUGCAUUUUGGUUAAAGAUUUGAUCAGUGGACGUGAGUAGACUUUGAAUUUGAAGUUUGAUAUUACUGGCCAUCUUUUGGUGGUUUCACAUACUGGAGGAGUUAUAAUUUUUCAAGCUGUAAAUUUGUAAAUUUUUAACCAAUGGGUAAAGGAAAUUGUGGGUUUUGCUGAUCAUCCUUCUAUGUGAAAUUUGUACUCUCUUUGGUGGUGAAAGCGCUCUUCGGAGGAAGACAGGUAGGAGAGAGUCAUGCAAGUUGUCAUAUACAAUUUCUGGGAUUGCUGGUGGAUUUUUUUUUUUCAAUUACUUUUUUGUUGAUAAGUAGCAGGAAGCAGAAGGAAAUAGGAUGUACAGCAGGAAAUCUAUACAUUAGAGUCCACAGCAGUAUGCUGCCAGCCCGCCAAUACUUUGUUAGCUUAGAGUAGCGGAUAUGUAAAUUAGCUUUUCACAAUCAAUUACACACCGGCGUUUAUGAAGCUAUUCGUUCAUGUUAAAGCUGUUGUGAUAGCUUCCUCUGCGGUAACUGAUAGGUUCAGCGCCUGAGUCAAAUUUUAGAUGCGGUUGCGGUUGCGGUUGUCGCUUCACAGGAGAUUUUUGUUUUCCUUGAUUAUUUGUAUUACUAUUACAUGGAUGUCCCCGGCUUGGCGUUGAGUAUAUAUAAGCUCACUUCAGAGAAUUCAAUUUUGACAUUCCAACCUUGCAGCUACCAUCCACUGGUUUCUUUCUCAUGUACAGAAAUAGUGCAUUUAAUUGUUUGCUAACCUUGUGUAAUAAACCUUUUUUAAGCGCCAAAAACAUUGGUAUCUGUUUGGUAUGCAAAAUGAAAUAAAUAUAGCUGAAAGUGAUUUUGAACUCA